AAAGAGAUUAUUAUCUUCUCCUCCGUCUGCCUAUAAAGCAGUGAUUAUCGACCACACGCCACUGUUCUUGUAGUGCAUGGUUCCCAGCAGGUCGCCACCUCUCGGAGAGAGAGAGACAGAGAGAGAGGGACCAAUAAGCAGGAGGGUCUAGGCGUCUAGCUAGCUGAGCCAUGGCCAAGGCACACGUCCUGGUGCUGCCGAUGCCGUGCCAGGGCCACGUCACGCCGCUCAUGGAGCUCUCCCACCGCCUGGUCGACCACGGCAUCGAGGUCACCUUCGUCAACACCGAGGUGGACCACGCGAUGGUGGUCACCGCGCUGCGGGCGUCCGGCGGCGAGGCGGCGCUGGGCGGCGGCAUCCGCCUGGCGUCCAUCCCGGAUGGGCUGGCCGGCGACGAGGACCGCAAGGACCUCAACAAGCUCAUCGACGCCUACACGCGCCACAUGCCGGGCCACCUGGAGCGGCUCAUCGCCGACCUGGAGGCCGCCGGGCGGCCCAGGGUCAAGUGGCUCGUCGGCGACGUCAACAUGGGCUGGUCCUUCGAGGUCGCCAGGAAGUUCGGCAUCCGGGUCGUGUCCUUCUGGCCGGCGGCCACGGCGUGCCUCGCCAUCAUGCUCAAGAUCCCCGAGCUGAUCGAGGACGGACUCAUCGACGACAAGGGCUUGCCACGGCGGCAGGAGAUGUUCCAGCUCGCCCCGGGGAUGCCGGCGCUGCACACGUCGCAGCUGUCGUGGAACAACGCCGGCGCGCCGGAGGGCCAGCACAUCAUCUUCGACCUGGUCACCCGGAACAACAAGCUCAACGACCUCGCCGAUAUGACGGUGGGCAACUCCUUCCACGAGGCCGAGGCCGGCGCGUUCAAGCUCUUCCCCGGCAUCCUGCCCAUCGGGCCGCUGUUCGCCGACGGGGAGCUCCGGAAGCCCGUCGGCAGCUUCCUGCCGGAGGACGAGCGGUGCGUCAAGUGGCUCGACGCGCAGCCGAACGGUUCCGUCGUGUACGUGGCCUUCGGCAGCAUGGCCAUCUUAGACCCGCGCCAGUUCCAGGAGCUCGCCGAGGGGCUGGAGCUCACCGGCCGGCCGUUCCUGUGGGUGGUGCGGCCGGACUUCACCCCCGGCCUCAGCAAGGCGUGGCUCGCCGAGUUCCACCAGUGCGUCGCCGGCAGAGGCAUGAUCGUCAGCUGGUGCUCCCAGCAGCAGGUCCUGGCGCACCGCGCGGUGGGGUGCUUCGUAUCACACUGCGGGUGGAACUCGACUAUGGAGGGAUUGCGGAACGGGGUGCCGUUCCUGUGCUGGCCCUACUUCUGCGACCAGUACCUGAACCGAAGCUACAUCACCGGCGUGUGGAGGACCGGCCUGGCGGCGUCCCCCAACGCGGAGGGGGUCGUGACCAAGGAGGAGCUGAGGAGCAAGGUGGAGCAGGUCGUCGGCGACGGCGAGAUCAGGGAGAGGGCGCGGCUGUUCAGGGACGCGGCUCGCCGGUGCGUCGGCGAAGGGGGGUCCUCGCACGAGAACUUUAAAAAGCUUGUGGACCUGCUACGCGAGUGAGUAGUUGGCCUGGGAACCCCAGCCUGAUCUACAGUCCUAUGAUGUGUUCCUGGUGUUCUAUUGUGUUUGGGCAGUCACCAAUUUGUGCAAGAGUUCAUAGAAAACGGCUGCACUAUGGGGUUACGAACAGAUCAAUUGCAUUGUCCGACUAAUUAAUCAGUGUAGCUCAUGUAUUCAACCUGAUAAGAGCAGGGCUAAUAGAUUUUGCCCGCUGGCGGCCGAGAGCAGCGCCAUGUCAUCCA